AUCAAGUGCCGCCAGGCAGAAGGUCUCCUGCCUCUCCAGUACCUCUCCGCCGGGCUCGGAGAGGGUUCGGGCGGGAGCUCCGCUGCACCGGUGGAGGGGCUGACCCCAAGGCCCGAGCUACAGAGCCAGAAAAAAUUUUUUGGACUCCUGCUCUAGACCUGGAUGACUGCGUAAUUAUAGAUGUUUUCCCUUCAUCCCUACUCAACAAAUCUGCCUGGAAAUAAGAGAAAUGAGGCAGAAAAAGUCUAAUGAUCACUUAAAGGUUCUGGAAUGGUCAACACAGAUUUCUCCCCACCUCUACCUUCCUUACCUCCCUGAAUCUACCGUAGGGACUUCUUGCUCAGAAGCAGGUUAUCCUCAAAAAAAGAAUUUGAAAAAUACUGAAUUCGUAUCAAGUUCAAAUAAACAAGAAGAACAUUUGUCUAAACUAUUUGAUGAAAUUCUACAGCAAGUGUUUUACAAGGUUCCGUAUGAGACUCCAGUUGAUGAAGCAAGAACAGCAGAUUUCAUCAGAGGAGCCAGUGUUGCUGAGCCAGGGUUUCUCCUUGGCAGCAUGGACAGAAUUUCUACUAAUGGUCACAAUUCAGAGAAGAGGGAUAAAGAAUCUUCUCUCUCCAGCGGGGAUAUAAAUGAGCCGCUUUCUACUGUAGGUAAAGCAACACUUGAGGAAGCAGUUAGGACAGAUGUUCAAAACAAGAACGUGCCGUGUGCUCAGCUUCUGCAGUUCCUCCAAAGGAACAUCGUCAUUGCCGCCGCCUCGGUGGCAGGAGUCCUCGUGGUCACAGUGUUGCUGCUGCUAGCGUUGACCACAUGCAUCAGGAGGAAGCAGCUAUUACAUCCUCCGGCGAACAUGACAUAUAAUAUUUUUAUUCUGAGUGGGAAGACUUGGUGGCAAAAGUUUCAAGAAAAGAACCCCAGAAAACACAGCGAUAAACAGAAACAGUUGUUGAAGAGCAAGUCUGUGUUGGCCAGCUGGUGGGGCCAGCCGACCCAGGACGGGACGCUGUGACGCCAGGCAAUUCUCCACCCAGACACCAUGGAGAGGCGUUUGGAUUUCUGGCUGUGGGGUGUGCUCUACAAAACGUUUACCUUCUCCUGUCAGUCUCGAAUGGACCAAGACACAAGUGUUUAACCACAGGAUGCUUCUAGUGUGGUAUGGCACUAAUGGCUAGUGUGAGAGACUCAGCACAUUUGCCCAAAGACAAACCUGACCAACUACCGGUUUAUUUAU